GGACGCGGAGACUGGCACCGUCGAGGACGCGGCGGAACUGUGGUCCCGAUGAGUGCACCAGCCGGCAUCACCGAAGCAGAGGAUGUGCCACCNCGCGUCAAGUCGCGUGGUGCUACUGGCGAGUUCAAAACAAACUGGUCAGAGCUUGGCGGUAUAGACCCAUAUGCAUGCUGCAUCAGCGGCGGCAUCAGGGGGUGGUUCAUCGGUGCUAAGACUGGCAACAUCGAGAAUAUUAUCAACCACGUCAAAACACGCCAGCACAUGAUGGCGUGCAAGCAAGAGACACAGCGGCUCACCCAGCAGGGUGGCCUUGUCGCGCGGCCCAUGCCACCACCUGGAGUGCGAGACGUCAGCUGUGCCUGGCCACCUGACAUGCGCAUGCAUCUAUAUGGCAUGUCGGACGAGGCGGCAGAGGAGGAGUAUCAGCGCCUCUACAGCCAGUUUCAGCACAGGCGCACACGUCGGCGAGAGCAGCAGCCCAAUGCCGUAGACAGUGGGCGCCGCAUCUUACCGCGCACUUCACCCACUCCUGCACCUGGAGCGCGCACCGUUGGUCCCAACAUGGAUCCGGAGGCACAGCGCAUCGUCAGCCCCGACGUGC